AUGAGCCAUCUCACUAGCGGUAACCUUCAAGUUUUAGCCUUAGCCCUAGCCACUGCCGUCUGGAUCCUGGCUGUCGCCUCCAUGGGACAAUCGGAUUGGAGGGUAUGGCAUUUGGUCAAUACAACUUCCAUCUUUUCCUCUGACAUCGCUUGGGUGGGGAUCUGGAAAGCGUGCUUUUAUGGCACCUUCCUGUUUUUUCCUCAAGGGAGAUCUGCCAAGAUUUGCCACGUUUACAGCGUGUCCAACACUUUUCUGCCCUGGGAUUUUCGGGCUGUUCAGCACAUCUUUCUGUUCGGUUGCAUUCUGGGGGUCAUGGCAAAAGCCUACGUUAUCAUCGCAUUAAGGAGCUUUUACACGGGAGAUGCUCGUAGGUCAACAACCGCCAAUGCAUUUACUGUUGGAGGAUUCUUUUAUUCAUCUGCUGGGAUCUGUAUCUUAAUUUGUGCAAUCUGGAAUUUUCACUCAGUGUCUCAAAACAAGAGUAUAACCUUCCCUGUUAUUUUCUAUAUACCCCCCAGGCCGAAAGCACAGGAAAUCGGGAAUGCCGUUAUUGUGGCGAUUCUAUCUGCCGUCUUGAUGUUGCUAGCUGGGGUUUUUUUCCUCUCUUAUAAAUUUCACAUGGACAGCCAAGUACAUCCUAUGAUCAUAGACAGGAGGUGGACAUCAUCUUCUGAAACGUGAAACUCCGGUGUGUUUUGGCUCUGCAAAUAUUUAUGCUAGAUGAACACUAUGAAAGUACAAGAUUG